GCAAGAGACGUCCAGCGUCGACAAGGACAACCAUGGCCAAGGAGUGGGGCUACGCCAGCCACAACGGGCCUGACCACUGGCAUGAACUUUACCCGAUUGCCAAGGGGGACAACCAGUCGCCCAUUGAGCUGCAUACCAAAGACAUCAGGCACGACCCUUCUCUGAAGCCAUGGUCAACAACCUAUGACCCCGGCUCUGCCAAGACCAUUCUGAACAAUGGGAAGACCUGCAGGGUGGUAUUUGAUGAUUCUUAUGACAGGUCAAUGCUGAGAGGCGGCCCUCUCUCUGGACCCUAUCGGCUUCGCCAGUUUCAUCUUCACUGGGGGUCCUCUGAUGAUCAUGGCUCUGAGCACACCGUGGAUGGAGUCAAGUAUGCAGCGGAGCUGCAUUUGGUUCACUGGAACCCAAAGUAUAAUACUUUUGGGGCAGCUCUGAAGCAGCCAGAUGGAAUAGCUGUGGUUGGCAUUUUUCUGAAGAUCGGACAUGAGAAAGGCGAGUUCCAGCUGCUUCUUGAUGCAUUGGACAAAAUUAAGACAAAGGGCAAGGAGGCACCCUUCAACAACUUCGACCCAUCCUGCCUGUUUCCUGCCUGCCGGGACUACUGGACCUACCACGGCUCCUUCACCACGCCGCCCUGUGAGGAGUGCAUCGUGUGGCUUCUGCUGAAGGAGCCCAUCACUGUGAGCUCCGACCAGAUGGCCAAGCUGCGGAGCCUCUACGCCAGUGCUGAGAACGAGCCUCCUGUGCCCCUGGUGGGGAACUGGCGCCCUCCACAGCCUAUCAAGGGCCGAACGGUGAAAGCCUCCUUCAAAUAA